UUGAAACCCUAAAAAUCCGAAUAGUCUCGUCGCCACCCAUGUCGCACUUCGGGAGAUCAGGGCCGCCGGACAUCAAGGACACCUACUCCCUCCUCGUUCUCAACAUCAGCUUCCGUACCACUACCGAUGAUCUCUAUCCUCUCUUUGAUCAGUACAGGAAAGUCAUUGACGUGUUCAUUCCAAGGGACCGGAGGACUGGAGAUUCACGAGGGUUUGCUUUUGUGAGGUAUAAGUAUGCUGAUGAGGCUCAGAAGGCUGUUGAUAGACUUGAUGGGAGGAAUGUGGAUGGUCGGAAUAUUAUGGUUUAGUUUGCAAAAUAUGGACCAAAUGCUGAGCGUAUACAUAAAGGAAAAAUUAUGGAAGCAGUUCCAAAGACAAGAGGAAGGUCAAGAAGUUGUAGCCCUCGGCCUAGGUAAUGAUUUUUUAUGUCAAUCAGAAUUGACAUUUUACAAUUUUUUUUUUUGGAAGUUUGUGUACCUUUGUGGUUUUUCUCUUAGUUAGCACUUCAACUCACAUAGUUGAUAUGGAAUGGCUAUUAUCUUUUUUAGA